UUUAGAAAAGUUUGUGACAUUGGAAUGGGUGAGCCUAAAAAGAGGGGAGCACUCUAGCCUUAUUUCGUGCUCAUCACGAUUAUAGUUCGAUAAUCAUACGAUUCUCAUCAGAGUCAUGUCGGUGUUCCCGAAAAGUGCAAUCGCUCUUGUGACUGGGGCCGGCAGUGGGAUAGGGCGCGCCACAAGUCAACUUCUGGCACGUCAAGGAGCCACUGUCGUAGCAGCGGACAUAAACAAGAGAGCUGUGGAAGAAACUUUUGGAAGUCUAUCAGGAAGUGGCCACAUGUGUAUCCAGCUGGACGUAUCAAAGAGGGAUGCUGUGGGAGCAGCAGUAGCUGAGGUUACGAAGAAGUUCUCCUCUCCACCCACCAUCGCAGCCAACUGUGCCGGACUCAUGUUACACCAAAGUCUGGAGGACCUUACUGAGGAAACCUACAACAAAAUAUUUAAUGUUAAUGUCAAGGGCACGGUGUGGGUGACUCAAGCGGUGUGUCGAGAGUUAGUUGCGGCCAAAAAGAAAGGCUCCAUCAUCAACAUAUCCAGCAUGGCGAGACACGGGCAUCCCUGCCUAUCUAUCUACGGGGCGACCAAGGGUGCCGUGGAAGUGUUUUCUAUAUCGACUGCCAAGGAAUUUGGGCCCCAUGGGAUCAGGAUUAACGUUGUCGCCCCAGGGUUCAUAGAUACUGCUAUGAUGGUCCCCUUCCCGGAGGACCUCAAGAAAGUCUACUCGGACAGUAAUCCUCUCAACAGGCCUGGCAAGCCUGAAGAAAUCGCAGAGGUGAUUGCUUUCCUUGCUUGUAACAAAAGUUCCUAUGUAAACGGCACUUUCAUGUACGUACAUGGAGGACAUCUUUAAGUGGAAUCUUGGAAAAAAAAUAAAUUAAGUGUGUUUUCCA